GGCCACAGAAUUGUUACUCAGAGACAGACAGAAUUGUUACUGAGUGCCAGAGAAUUGUUACUUAGGGCCACAGAAACAGAAUUGUUACUUAGGGCCACAGAAACUUUAGUUAGGGCCACAGAAUUGUUACUCAGGGACAGACACAGAAUUGUUACUGAGGGCCACAGA